UGCACGCGCCACGCAUUCUUCCGUGUAGAAGCAAGUGAAGAAGUGGAAUAAGUGAAUGAAUGAGGUAUGAGCAACCGUCUAAUAGAACCAUGUUCGACAAACAUGUGAGCAAAUGGUAUUUAUCUUGAAUAUAAAUUAUAUAAUGACGCAUAGCUGUAGCGCAGGAUUCACAGUGCCUUAAAUUCUCUCCAGAGUCCAGGGACGUCCAAAUAUACAAAAAACUAAAACUUAAGUCAUCUGCCACAAAAAAGGGACGGGAGUUUUUGUUCGAUUUUUCCUGCUGAGAUUCUCUGUCUCUUUAACACCUAUGGAGCUGCUCGGCGUCAUGGUCUCAGAUGAAUAUCCUCAUUAAUGUGCUAUCAGCUGAGUUCUAUUUUUCAUCUCGGAGGAUGCGUAACUAUGGCUUUAUUCAACGAAGUUAUCACUCUGCCGUUAAACAGGAGGAAGAGAACGUAUCUGAAGAAGCUGGCAGUGUUUACGACGAUCUGGCUAGUGAUCGCUUUGUACACGGGCCGUGGAGGCCUCAUACACGUGCGAAAUGACGGACCUAGGCACAUACACGUGGGAGUCGGGCCAAGCCACAGCGACGAGGCAGAAGGACACUCGGGAGCGUCUUCCGGAGCCUGGGAAUCGAGGCUCAAAGGGCCUCUGGAGGCCGACGAUCCGCGAGUCGUCCAGUUUCUUCGAGACCGCCAUCUCCAAGCUCCUGGCUCCAGACCUUACAACCUCGACGCCUACCAGAAUAGGCUGCGAUACGAGAGCAUGGAUUCGUGGAGAUUUCUGCAUAAGGCAAUACUCGAGCUUUUCAAGGACAGCCCUCCUGGAUUCUUCAUUGAAGCAGGAGCCCUGGACGGACAGUAUCUUUCUAACACGUUGCACCUGGAGAAGGAAUAUGGCUGGACUGGGUUACUGAUUGAACCCAACCCCAGUUCUUACAACGAAUUGCUGAAGAAGAACCGCCACUGCUGGUCCUCCAACACUUGUUUUGCCCUAACACCCUACCCAAAGGAGAUGGUUCUGGAGAUGGUGGACACCAGGGAACAGGCAGCGACGUCACAGGCGAUGUGGGUCAUUCGAGGCGGCAGUUUCCUGCAGGAGGGAGCCCGAACGGCCCAGAAGUAUCAGGCAAAGACGCAUCUCAGCACCUACGCGGUCGUCCAGUGCUUCCCUUUCUUAACGUACUGGAAAGCUCUGAAUCUUACGAGGGUUAGUCGACCUCUCUCCCUGGACGUGGAAGGAGCCGAGGAACAGAUCCUGAACACAAUUCCCUGGGACGCCGUGGACAUCAGGACCCUGAUCCUGGAGCACUACGGGUCGUCUAAAGAACCGGACGAAAUCUUUGUCGACAGCGUCGAGCAAAGAGGAUAUUCUCUUUACGAUUACAAUAUCGAUAAAGAUUUCAUCGGGGAUUACAUCUUUGUCAAAAAGGAGUCGACGUGAAUGGAGGCUAUCGUUCAAUUUCUCGAUCAAAAUGACUCCGUUUUAGUGUUCUGAAAAGGAAGCAAUUGUGCCUACUUUGUCUGUCCGUCCGCACUUCUUUUUUUUCUGUCCGCCCUCAGAUCUUAAAAAAACCACUGACGUUAGAGGGCUGCAAAUUGGCAUGUUGAUCAUCCACCGUCCGAUCAUCAAAAAUAUCAAAUUGCAGCCCUCUAGCCCCAGUAGCUUUUAAGUUAAUGUAAGGUUAAAGUUACCAUAGUCGUGUAUCUAGCAACGCAACAACACAGGCCGUACCACGGCCGGCUGAGAGUUGCAUGGGCCGCGGCUCAUACAGCUUCAUAAAGAGACCCACCUAAAGGUAGGUCUAUUUUCUGUGACCCUAAAUAUGCGCUGUACAGAAAACUCGAUUGUAUAGACUUCGGCGUUCCUUUGACUGACUUAUUCAUUUGUUUGUUUAUUUAUUUCUUUACUGCUUAGUUAGUUUAUUUAUUCAUUUAUUUACCUUUUAGAAAUCAACUUGUCUAAUUAACAUUUCUCAUGACUGAAUUACAUAAUACAA